CAGUGUUAUCACUUCCACUGUCCCAAAUUUGAUUUGUCCUUAUCCACAACAAAAGUGAUACUUAAUGGUCUGAUUCAGGCAGAUGACUUGUUGAAUCCGUGACCUGUUUUGCUCAUUUGGUUUAAUUGGUCUUCUGAGAGUGCCUGUAGCCAGAUAUAUCGCUAAGAUAAACAUCUUCCAAUUUUGUCCUUACAGAAAAAUGAUGGACCUGUUUUGAAGAUCAAAGCUCACAUGCACAAAUACACGUAAAAGCUACUAAGUGGAUAUUUGCAAACAAUUAAAAAAAUCAGCAGAGAAAAAUGAAUGCCUAAUCAAGUUGACUUCUCUAAUGAGCUUGAUCGGUAUACGUAAAGAUGACACGAACUAAACAUUUUAAAUUAAGACAUAAAUUAUUACUAUUCUUGUUUAGAGCCGUGGAGUUGAAUAUGCAUGGUAACAUACUAACAUGUCGACGAUAUAUACGAGCAAAAAUAUAUACCAGGUGUUGAAUUUUAAUUAGAAUAUGUAAAUGCUAUAUGGUCAAACUUGUUAAAGAGGCAAAGGUGAAAUAUAUGUUAUCUUAAUUAAUUUUCUACUUUAGUAAAAAGGCAUAUGGUAGUUCCUUAAUUUGGAUUCCAAAAAAUAGUUAACGUAAUAGCUUUAACUAUGAGUUUGACUAUUUUGUUGUAUAUAUAUUACCAUGUUCCAAUCCCAUCACAAAGGAAACGUUCUUGUCUUCUUCUCCAAUGGCACAGCAUAAGAGUUUCUCUUCCUCUUCAGUCUCAAACCGUCCCAUCUCUCUCCUAAAUGGUCUCCUUCUCCUGGUCUCUCUCCUCCUACUCCUCGGUGUGUUCUUACCCUGGGCAGGAUCUCCCUUAUUCCCGUUUCCAAACGUAAGCUCUUCUUCUUCUUCUUUGCCUUCUAACUGGCGCGACUAUUCCCUCUCUCAAGCGGCUGAGUUUGUCGCUAAGGACGGGACUGUGAUCAUCUGCGCCGUUAGCUAUCCCUUCUUGCCUUUCCUCAACAACUGGUUGAUUAGCGUUUCUAGACAGAAGCAUCAACACAAAGUCCUCGUGAUCGCUGAGGAUUACGCUACUCUCUACAAGGUUAACAAGAAGUGGCCUGGUCACGCCGUUCUCAUUCCUCCAGUUCUCGAUUCUCAGACCGCACAUAAGUUCGGUUCCCCGGGUUUCUUCAACUUCACUUCACGGAGGCCGCAACAUCUCUUGCAACUAUUGGAGCUAGGUUACAAUGUUAUGUACAACGAUGUUGAUAUGGUCUGGUUGCAAGAUCCAUUUCAGUAUUUAGAAGGAAGCCACGAUGCAUACUUCACUGAUGACAGGACCACAAUCAAACCUUUGAAUCACUCUCAUGCUUUGCCAACUCCGGAUCGGAACGGAGUGACUUAUAUAUGUAGCUGCAUGAUUUUCUUGCGUCCCACGAAUGGCGCAAAGCUUCUAAUGAAGCAAUGGAUCAAAGAACUUCAAUCUGGGUCUAAAGCUUAUGAAGGAAAUGAUCAGCCUGCUUUUAACUGGGCACUUAACAAAACAGCUCAUCAGGUAGAUCUCUACUUGCUUUCUCAGGCAGCUUUCCCAACAGGAGGAUUGUACUUCAAGAACGAGACAUGGGUUGAAGAGACAAAGGGGAAACAUGUCAUAGUCCACAACAACUACAUUAUCGGUUACGACAAUAAGAUGAAACGCUUCCAAGACUUUGGUCUAUGGCUAGUCGAUGAUCAUGCUCUUGAGUCCCCACUGGGAAAAUUAGAUUAAAUAAGAACAUGGCUUGUUAUGUGUGAAUGUUAGUUAUAUGGCUAUUCAAAAACAUAGGUAAAUAAUGAGACUCGAGAUGUAUGUCUCCACAUUACUAGAAUAGUGUAAUAGGUCUCUCUAGAGACAUAAGAUCAGUGUUCCCUUGUAUCUAUCAUCUACCUCUUUAGUCUUCACCGACUCUUGCUUCCUGAUUAUGAUGUAUAUUGAUUCGUUACAACAAGUUAAAACUAUACCAGAAACAUCACACAGAAAAAAAAAAAGAUUCACAAUCAAUAUAAAACGUAUUAUUUGGUAAUUUUCAUACUAAUGAAUAGAAUUGAUGUGAAAUAGAUCCGUAAGAGCAUAAAAAGAAACGUGUACCCUUUUGUUUUCCUCACUAAUUACGUGAAGUCUUUUAAGACGUAAAUUGAAAUGCUAACUUUUCAUACUCACAAUAUAUACAAAGUAGAAUAUGUACAUAUCUUUAGAAUAAGGUCAUUUCCAUUGUCAUGUAUUUGGGAAAAAUGAAAUGGAAAUAUAUAUAGCUUAGACAGCCGGUCAAAGAGGUUUACAGGGAGUCCGCCUUACCUUAGUUAUAGUCAUCUAUAAAGUCCAACAACGUAAAUUAGGAACAGGUACGAUCUGGCUCAAUGAAUGUCUUGUGCUACACCAACCUUAGACAAACAAAGAAAAGGAUAAUUCUAUCUGAGGAGGGUGCGAGACAUGUUGUUGGACCUUGAGAUACUGUGAGCAUGAUGUUGCGAAUGAUGGUGAUGGAGUGAGUUCCGAAAUUCAAUGAACACUUGGUAGGAGCUACACUGUUCCUGAUGGCCUUGACUAAGAUGAAUGAUCUCAUGGGAGGUAAAGCUGUUGUAUACUUGUAUGCGUAAUUUCAUUAUUGAUAAUUACAUAACUCUCUUACAGAUAUGUUUUUUUUUAAGACUCUAAUGAACAUUUUGUUUUUUUUUUUCAGAGAAAACAGAGCCAAACUAAUGCCCCAGAGACUUGUACCUUAGGUAUAGAGUAGAACUUCGUAACCCGUAGUGUAAUAAAAAAAAUGGAAGAUUGUUCUUCAUCAAGGCAAAUACUUAUAGCCAUUUGUCUGAGAAGAAACUUAUGAAUCUUUCUAGUACAAGUCUUUGGAAGCUCCUCCUGAAUCAUUCUUUCAAGGAUUGUAAAGUUCAUGAGCAGUUAAUUUGUCUGAUCAUGCAGGAGGACUUUCUCAUGAAUUUCAAAGCCAUAUCAUAUCGAGAAAGGUAGUGAUUUUAGAUCUCCAAUUUCUAAUCUAUGCAAUAAUGAUUUCAGUGGCCAGCCUAGAUAAGUACCAGCCAAGAAGUGCCUUUGGAGGUUAGAAGAUUUGAACAUACUACCUUCAUAGUAGAAUAUGCAUUGAUAAAAGGUUUGAUAUGGUUGAAGAAGACCAGCAAACACAAGUUUCUCAUGUUUUCUUUCCCGAAUGGAUGAAUGAAUGGCUGUGCCAAUGGCACGAGAGAGGCUUUCAGCAAAGCAAAGACUUUUUGAGUAGUGAUGAAGAGCAAUGGAAAUCGUUGGUCCAGUUGAGGUGAGUGAUAAGAUAUUCUGCCACUAACUGUCAGUUUUUACUUGCACAUUGCUUGCGGAGUUUCAUGUAUGUAUAGGACUCUUACGUUAAUGAGUAUGAUUGUGCAGGAAAUCUGCAGCUGUUCAUGCAUAUGCUAAGGAUAAUUUUUAUAAGUUAAUCGUUUUAUAAUUUAUAUGUAUACAAAAUAAACAAGAGAAUUUUUUAUAAACAAUAUGACUGGGUUGGUUAUUUAUUGGGUAUAUUGCAUUAUAUUUAUUUUUAUUAGUUGCAUUUAUUUUGCUAAUUUAUCUUGGAUUUCCGAUAUAUUUUCUUAAUAUUUGUAUAAAUUGAUAUGUUUUUUUCUGAAAAAAAUAAAUAGGAAAGUGUUGUCAGUUCAACAUUACAUAAAUGAACAUACAUGAUGAUUUAAAAAGUUCAUGCAUAUAUAAGAAUAUUUACAAAAACUACUUUGUAAUACUUUAUUAGUAUAUUUUUCACAAGUUCUUUAGUUUCUAGCCGUUUGUAAUUUGUAUGCAUAAAUAUUAAUUAGAUUACUACUCUAAAUGAUAUUUUGAUAAAUUAAAUAAACCUCUCUUUUUAAUAUAAAAUUUGGAUAGAUUAAGUUACUCCUUAUUUGAUAUAUUGAAUUGCAUAUAUUUUUAUCAAAUGAAUGGCAACCAUUUUUUAGUUCUAAUUAUGCUAAAAACCAAAUAUUUUUUUUUAUUUCAAUAAGUUUGGCUAAUAUUUUUAGAUUUUAAUAUAUAUAUAUAUAUUAAGUUUUAUAUAAUUAGUAUUUUAAUAUUUAUUUUUGAAAAAACUAAGUAAUGACGGGUAUAAUAUUGCAUAAACUAAAAUAUGACCGUUAAUCAUUUUAAAAAUCAUGCACAGAAAUAAUAUUUUAAAUAACUAAAUUAUAAGAUUUAGUUAAUUUAUUUUUCAUUUGAUUAUAAAUUCCAAGUCUUAUAUAAUAUUUAGUUAUUUAAAAUUUUCUAACUAAGACAUACUUAUUUUCUGAAUUUAUCAUGUUAGAUCAUCAGUUUAUUCUAUUAAAAUAUCUGUAUGUUUUCUUAAUCAUUUGAUCAAAAUUAUAUUCAUAGUAAAAUAAUAUUAUUUAUCUUUUGAAAAGAAAUAUCUAUUUUUUUGAAACUAUGUUUUCACAUGUGUGUAUUUUCAGGCUUAUAGAUAUUUCCUUUUUCAGUGUGCUUUUUAUUAUAUAGAUUAAAUUAAAUUUGUAUAUAUGUAAAUUAAUAUCUUUAUAGAUAUUUCCUUUUAUCAUUUAUGUGGUUUUGUAAAAUAAAAGUAAAUUAAAAAUUAAUUGAGCUAAAGGAAACAAAAUAAUUAUAAUAAGGACAAUUAUGUAUGAUGUUUAUAAAUAACUUUGUAAAUGACUAUUAUAAGAAUUAACGUGAAUACGAUACGUAAGAAAUUGAUUUCCCAAUUAAUAUUAUCGAGAACUUGGGUCACUAGCAAAGUAAAUAAUAUUAUAGUAACUAUUAUUAACCUUGGGUAACUAAACAAGGUCGCCGGUAUUUGUCUCCUUUUCUUAAUAUAUAAAAUAUUAAUAUAUUUGUCGUUCUAUUUUUUUUUUGUUUUAAACCACAAGUAUCUAUCAUAUCUUAAUAGUUAAAUAUUAUGAUUAAUAUAUAUUAUAUCAAAUAUUUUUUAUAUCUAAAUUUGAUUUAAUUAAGAGGUUCUAGAAUGGAUUUUAUAUGUAUAUCUUUGUUUAAGUGAUCUUAUAUGUAUAUAUUUUUGUUUCUUAUACAUAAAGUACAAAAAUGAAAAAAUAAGUAAUUUUUUAGUAAAAAUUUAGUAAAACUUUAGUAAAUUUUUAGUAAAACUUUAGAACUUUAUAGUAAAACUUUAGUAAAUUUUAUUCAAUAGAUUUCAUUACUAAUAUAUAGAUCUAUUACUUUGAAUAAGAUAAUUUAUUCUGUAAAAAAUAAUAUUGUCCUACUUAAAACAAGUAAACAAUCAUUUAAUUGUUGUCAAUUGUUAUUAUUUUUAUGAAUUACUGUUUGAUAAACUUUUUAGUUAUAUAUAUGAGAAGCAAAUUUUUAAAAACUUGCUUACAUAUUAUCAUCACAUUCAUUUCGUUAUGCGCUGUCUGACUGGCUCUAUCUGAUCGGUUCCUUUUCCAAGCCGAAACAAAUAGAUGCCUACUCCAAUCAGAAUACCAAGAGACAGAGCCCCAAAACCACCAGAAAGUACCCAAGCGAGUGUAUGAUUAUCUCUCGGAAACUCUGGAUUUCCUUCAGUAUAUGGAAUAAGUGUCUUGAAAUGAGGAACUCUCCCAUGUAGGUGAUUGUGAGAAAGAUACAGACUCCUAAUCAGUUUCACCCUGGUGAGCUCAUAGGGAAUGUGGUACCAGUAAGAAAGUUACGGAAAAGAUCCAGCGCAUACAAUGAAGUAAGAUCUGCAAACCGUUUGGAGAUACUACCCAUCAAAUUCAUGGAUGUGAGUACGAUAUAAUCGAUUUGACCUUCCACUCCCUUUCCAACUCUGAGAAAGUAACGGGUUGUAGCCAAAAUCUCCCAUAACCGAAAGCAGAGCAUCAACUCUGCUAUCAGUACUGCUCCCUGGGCUAGAAUGGGCCUUAACCACAGCCAGAAAGCCGAAUCACGCAUCAAUACACACCAGUCUCCUCAACUGUAAUCCUGCAAAUUAAACAGAAUCCAAUAUCAGCUUUCAUUUGGUUCCUCUAUCUAUAACAUCUAUAGAAUUUCCUCGGUAAAUAGGAGAUAUUGAUGGUGGAACUACAAAGGUAGCUAUCAAGAGAGCUAACCAUAUGUCUGAGCAAGGUGUACAUGAGUUUCAGAGAGAGAUUAAGAUGCUUUUGAAGUUAAGACAUUGUCACCUUGUGUCUUUGAUUGGAUAUUUUUUUCAUCGACAAAUAUUAGUCGUAAAUCAUCUUUGUUAUACGCUUAUUUUCUUGUAGUGUUAAAACAAAACUUUAUUCCAUAAAAGUAAACACUAUGCAUAUGAAUUAAGGGUUUAUAGCAUUAUUAUAUCUAAGUGAUAUAAUAAAAUUAGUCACAACAAUUUACUGGAUUGUGCACAUAAGUUAGAAUGCCAUAUAAUAUUUAAGUAUAUCUUUUAAGAAAAAUAGAUUGUAUAAAAAUUCAUUAUACUCCCUCCGUUUCUUAAAAAGUGUCACUUUGACAUUUUCACAUAUAUUAAGAAAUUGAAUAAAAUGUAUUUAAAUUGUUAUUAAUUACACAUGUUUGACCAAUAGUAUUUGAGAUAAAUAAAUUUAUUUAUAAAAUUAAUGCAGUUUGUAAUUAAUUUUUAGUUAAAAGUAAAUAUAAUUUGCAUUGGAAUUCUAAAGUAAUACUUUUUGUGUAACAAGAAAGAAAACGUUUGAAUGACACUUAUUAUAAAAUAGAGAGAGUAUAAUUUUAGUAACUUAAGUUUUCAUACUCUAGUAUAAGUAAAAUCUCAAUAACUCAAUCAAAUGUUAACCCAUUUAAUAUAUUAAGAUUUUUCACCAAAUUUAAAUAUAUAUCGCUAUUUACAGAUUUUAGAUAAAUCAUAACAACACCUUGUCUCCAACUCUAUUCAUCUUCCUAACCACGCGUCUGUGGUCGGGUGGUCAAGGCGUUCUGUGGAUCCUCAAGGGAUCCGAGUUCGAAUCCGCACCAUAGCAGAUUUUCACGCGUGUGGCCGGUCACCGGAGCUUUCACAUUCUCUCUCUGGGGAAUAGUUUACCAUUUUUUUUAUUUAUCUUCCUGGUGCAACAAUGGAAAAGCAAAAGCUUUUCUCUUCGGCCUCCGAAGCUUGAAUACACGGAACACAAACGCAAUCCAAUACUGAAUAAUACGAUCUCCAAUUCCAAAGCAACAAGAAAUCCAAAUACAAAGUUCUUCGAUAAACUAAGAAUCACUACGCUCUCAUGAAGAACAUAGAAGAAGGCUAUUAGGGACAAAUAUUCCACAUUAGUAGCUAGAAAGAAUCAUAAAUAAUAUAUAAGAUUGAUGGGUCAAUCCACUUAUUAUCAAUUAGUUUUAGGUUAGAAGCCCAUCUAACUUAACAUGGUAUCAGAGCCAGAUCCAAACAAUUCAACCCGAUUUAUUAUCGAUUCAGUCUAAAGUCGACCCAUCGAUUAUUGCCCAAACAUUCUGAAAUUGAUGCUCAAAGAGCCAUCAUUUCGAUGGUGCGUAUUAAAGAGAAAGGUCUCGCACUUCUACAAAUCUUAGCAUAAAAAAAUUAUCGAAAUGAAAACUACAACUUUUAAUUCAAAUUCAAAAUAUCUCAACCGCAAAGCCUCUGCAUCUACCGGCGACUUUGCUGUCUUCCAUGUUGUAGCAAACCCUCUGGCUCACCAAGAGGUUUUGACUUUUCUGGUUCUUCGAUCCUCAGCAGUCACUGUCAGCAUGGAUUCCUCUGCUUUAUAAGCAAAGCAAACGAUCCAUUGCCUUUAUCCUUUGUUCUCUUUCUAAAGUAGACUCUCUAGAACGUAUCAGUCUACCUCUUUAGUCUGCACCAACUCCUGCUUCCUCUUUAAAUCAUAGUGAUUUUUGUAUGUUAAUGGUUCUUUACACAAACUCAUUCUAUUUAAGGAAAAUUUGAAAAAAUACACUUAGAUAAGAUUAUAUUUUGAAAACUACACCAUCCUUUUAUUUUUUUGAAAACUGCAUUUAUUCAUAAGUGAAAUUACUAAAUUGUCCAAAUUUAAUUUUUUAUAUUAUCCAUAUCUAAUUUAAUAUUUUAUUUUAAAACAGAAAAUACAUGUUUAGAAAGAAAUUUUUUUUUUACUAACACUCAUACUUAUUUUUAAUACAUAAUAUAAAAUUGAAAAUUAGCUCCACUAAUUAGUAACUACUUCUUGAUCAACCACAUUUUUGUUCAUAGACUAGAACCUUUCAAAAAUAAAAUCUUGAUCAACCACAUUUUUGUUCAUAGAAUUGAAUCUUUCAAAAAAAUAAAAACUGUCUAUCACUUUACCAAAUAAAUGAUCUCCUAUUCUAAGGAUUUUUGCUUCUUUUAAUAUACCGACAUACACACAUUAAAAAAUCCAAGCAAAUUGCUAAUCUUUUAUCUAACCGAAAAACAACAAGAAUCCAGACCAUUAUUUUAAAAGGUCAAAGAGUGUAUCAUCUAGAAAAGAAAUGAUAUUCUGAGAACUUUGUUCACAAUGAGUACAGAGGAACUUAUACAUAUAAUUGACAUAUUUUUAUCAUUUUGGAAAUGUUUAAAUUGUCUGUUUUUUCUGAUGUGAAAAAGGAUGAAUUGCUAAAAUAAAGAGAUUCAAUCAAAUUUUUUUCUGCUGCAAAAACAGGAAAUAUAGUAUCAACUUCAAAAUAACAACAAAGAUCACAAAAAAUCCUUACAAAAAUAUUCAUAGAGAAUAAUCAAGUAUUAUAAACUUACUUUGAUUUUAAAUUAAUUACUAGAAUUUUUAAUUUCUAAUCAACAUUAGGAAAAAAAUGUCUUAUUAUGUACAAGAAAGUGUAGUUUUCAAAAA